ACCCUCGUGUUAGGGUUGAAAUUGAAAUCGAAUUUGGGAAUCUAAAACCCUGAAAACCCCUAUUUCUGCUACCACUUCCCUUCACUCUCUGGUGUGUGCGGUGCAGAAGCAGAACACGAUGAGCAGUUGGAGAAGUCUUCUUCUUCGAAUCGGCGACAAGAGCCCCGAAUAUGGAGCUUCCUCCGACUUCAAAGACCACAUUGAAACCUGCUUUGGCGCACUUCGCCGAGAACCUGACCUCUCCCAGGAUGAGAUUUUGGAGUUCGUUCUCGCAUGUUCCGAGCAAUUGCCUCACAAGAUUCCUUUGUAUGGAACCCUGAUUGGCUUGAUUAACUUGGAAAAUGAGGACUUAGUGAAGAAGUUUGUGGAGAAAACACAAACAAAAUUUCAGGAUGCAUUAGAUUCUGGAAACUGCAACGGAGUUCGAAUUCUGAUGCGGCUUAUAACUGUUAUGAUGUGUAGUAAGGUUGUUCAGCCUGGCUCUUUGGUGGGCGUCUUUGAAACAUUUUUAUCGUCAGCUGCCACAACAGUUGAUGAAGAAAAAGGAAAUCCGUUAUGGCAGCCAUGUGCUGACUUUUACAUAACUUGCAUUUUAUCAUGCCUCCCAUGGGGUGGGGCAGAACUUGUUGAGCAAGUUCCUGAAGAUAUUGAGAGAGUGAUGGUUGGUGUUGAAGCUUACUUUAGCAUCAGAAGGCGUACUUUUGACACUGGUUUAUCCUUCUUUGAGAGCGAUGUUGAAAUUGAGAGAGAUGUUAACCACAAGGAUUUUUUGGAAGACUUGUGGGACAGAAUACAGGGUUUAUCAAGCAAUGGAUGGAAAGUUGAAAGUGUUCCAAGACCUCAUCUUUCAUUUGAAGCUCAGCUGGUUGCUGGGAAGUCCCAUGAAUUUGGGCCAAUAAGCUGCCCCAACUUACCAAACCCGCCUUCAGAUCCAUCUGGCAUAUCUAUUGGUAAACAAAAGCAUGAGGCAGAAUUAAAAUAUCCUCAACGGAUGCGUCGGUUAAACAUAUUUCCUUCUAGUAAAACUGAGGAUAUACAGCCAAUAGAUCGAUUUGUUAUGGAAGAGUAUCUGCUAGAUGUGCUUCUGUUCUUCAAUGGCUGUCGAAAGGAAUGUGCUUUUUUCAUGGCUGGCCUGCCAGUUUCCUUCAGAUAUGAGUUCCUGAUGGCAGAGACAAUAUUCUCACAGCUGCUGAUGUUACCACAGCCGCCUUUCAAACCGGUGUAUUACACACUGGUUAUUAUUGAUCUUUGCAAGGCACUUCCUGGAGCUUUUCCUGCAGUUGUAGCAGGAGCUGUCCGUGCUCUCUUUGAGAAGAUUGUUGAUUUGGAUAUGGAGUGUCGGACACGCCUAAUCCUUUGGUUCUCACACCAUUUAUCAAACUUUCAGUUCAUCUGGCCAUGGGAAGAGUGGGCUUUUGUCUUAGACCUUCCGAGGUGGGCCCCUCAACGUGUCUUUGUUCAGGAGGUUUUGGAGAGAGAAGUUCGCUUGUCAUACUGGGAGAAAGUUAAGCAGAGCAUUGAAAAUGCACCUGGUUUAGAAGAGUUGCUUCCUCCAAAGGGUGGAACAAACUUCAGUUUUGGUGCUGAAGAUGAUAAAGAAAACAAUGAACUUGUACUGUCUGGAGAGCUCAAUAACAUGGUUAAAGGGAAGGUUCCUGUCCGUGAAAUAAUCUCAUGGAUUGAUGAAAGUGUGUUUCCAAAUAAUGGUCUAGAAGUUACUCUCAGAGUGGUCGUACAAACUCUUCUUAAUAUUGGAUCCAAAAGUUUCACUCAUUUAAUAACUGUGUUAGAGAGAUACGGGCAAGUCAUUGCAAAAGUAUGUCCUGAUGAGGAUAAGCAAGUCAUGCUGAUAGCUGAAGUGAGUUCUUUCUGGAAAAGUAACACCCAAAUGACAGCAAUAGCAAUUGACAGGAUGAUGGGCUACCGACUUGUAUCAAAUCUAGCUAUUGUGAGAUGGGUCUUCUCAGCAGAAAAUACAGAGCUAUUUCACACAUCAGAUCGUCCAUGGGAGGUUCUUAGAAAUGCAGUCAGCAAGACAUACAAUCGUAAUUCUGAUCUAAGAAAGGAGAUAUUGGCUCUUAAAAAGAAUAUUUCAUCAGCUGAAGAAAUUGCCAAGGAGGCAAAAGCAGAGUUAGAUGCUGCAGAGUCAAAACUCACACUGGUGGAUAGUGAACCGGUUCUUGGUGAAAACCCUGUUAGGUUGAAUAGAUUGAAAUUACGUGCUGAAAAAUCAAAGGAGGAGGUGGUGUCUCUUCAAGAAUCUUUAGAAGCUAAGGAAGCUCUUCUUGCACGAGCUGCUGGUGAAAAUGAGGCAUUGUUUGUCUUGUUGUACAAAAGCUUCUCAAAUGUAUUGAAGGAGCGUCUUCCGAAGGGAUCGGAAGCUAGAACACUGCGUGAAUUGAAGUCUGUACAAGUUGAUGAGAUGGCAGUGGACCCUGAAGAACCAUCAUCAAUGGAAUUAGACAAUGAGAACCAGAAACCUGAAGACAGUCAGUCAAAUGGUGGGAAGAAAAGUAAUGCUUAUAAUAUAGGUGAAAAGGAGCAGUGGUGUAUCACUACUUUGGGCUACGUGAAGGCCUUUUCCAGACAGUACGCUUCUGAGAUAUGGCCCCUUAUCGAAAAGUUGGAUGCAGAGGUGAUGACAGAAGAGGUACCCCCUCUUUUCCGGUCAGCUGUUUAUUCUGCUCUUCGAAGACCAAUUAAUGACGCUUGAUCAAUUUGUUAUUCUCUUCUGAGUUCUGACCUUUCAUUUAGAUUAACUCGAAUCAAUUCUUUAGGCUGAUGGCUAAGCGUUCCCUUAGUUGAUCAAAAGAUGACAGUUGUAUGCCUAUUGUAUUGUAAAUGACAAGGUUUGUAUUAGAAAAAUCUUCGCAGUUCUGAUUUCUGAUGAGACUUGACGGCUGCCAUUGUAUAUUCUGAAUGAUAGACACAAUGUACCUUCGGCUUCUCUAGUUUAGAGGCUUUACUUGCGGGGAACCGAAUUUUUGCAUCUGUUGGGAUUUAUGAUGGUUGUUGCUAUUCCUCCAUUCACAUGAAUCGACACCUUAUUUUGUAA